UCUGCCAACUGUUGGAACACUCUAAGCUUAGAUAACCAUGUGAUAUUUCCACUUCUAACGAUUUAAUUAUUGUUGUAAAUAGUAGUUUAUAUUAAUUAGAAAUAGUGAUAUCAUGGCUGAAGGAUCUUACGAAUACGAGUGUAUGAGAGCUGAACUGUUGGGAAUUGAAAAACCUGAUUAUGAUCAGUUUAUGAAAAAAGCUAUGGAACAGGCGAAAAAGGAGAUUGAAGAAGAGGAAGUAGAUAUAGAACAUUUAAAGGAGGUAGACCUAGAAAAAGAAGGUAUUAAUAGAAUGACAGGAAGAUUGGAUGAAUUAAACAAUAUCCUGAAAAAGACUCAAUCGAAAAUAAAUCGAAUGAAGGCUUCCUGUGGAUCCGUAGCUGGCCUUAUUAAAACCAAAAUAGGAUCCUUUAGCGCACAAUCUUCAUUCGACGCUGAACAUACUGAUCCAAAUGAACCGUCGUGCUCAAAAGCUACACGAACUGAGGGAAGUGGUUCUAGUAGUCCAGAAGAAAUUACAACACCAGAAAAUCCCCAGUCUUCCGAAAAUGGUACAUCCGUAAGAAAAAGUGAAAUACAAAAAGCAUUAGAUAAGGAUCUGAGCGCCCUUGACGCAAUGAUCGAAAAGGCUGAAAAUGCGCAAUAUGCCAUGAAUCAUCAAAAUAAGCAGAUGAAGAGAUUUAUUUAAAGUUGUUAUUUUUAAGAUGUAGUAGAGAUUUUAAACACUUAAUUAUUUAGUUACCUUAUCUCUAAUAUAAGAUAUCUGCCACAAUAAACAAUACCAACGUCCAUAUUCUAAAAUAACGUUCACACAAUUAGCAAGUAUUUAUUGUUGGUUUUCUUCUUCUUUCGAGAUUUGGUAGUGGUCAGUAUCUAUCGGUUCUUCUUCAUUCUUUUGAGGACCUCCUCAUUUCUGACCUAUUCAGUCUACGGAAUUUUAACUAUUCUCCGAUAUAGCCACAUCUCAAAUGCUUCCAAUUUUCUGAAGAUAUCUUCGUUUAAUAUCCAUUAUUGAACACAGACAUGAGAGUUUGGUUGAUGUAGAGUUGAUCUUCUGUUAUCUUUUUCUUGCCAAUGAUAAUAUGCUUUGUCUUAUUUACGUUUAUAUUGAGUCCAUAUUGUUGACUUUAACACGUGAUUUUGUUCAUAAACACUUGUAGGUUUUCUAGGUUGUUCGCAGAUAUCAUGGUGUCAUCUGAAUUCCUGAUGUUGUUUAGCCGAUACCAGUUUAGAAGAAUACCUUUUUCAGUUCCGUGCAAAGCUUCGAUAGAUGUUCUUUCAGAGUAGAGGUUGAAGAUUAGAAGUAAUAAAAGACAGCUUUGCCUCACUUCACACAUGAUUUUAACAUAUUCAGUGUGUUCACCUUCAACUCUGAUUCCAGUAAAGGUUUCUAAUUAUUUUCAGAUCUUUGUUAUUAAUUCGUGCUUCUUUUAGUAUUUGCAUCAUCUUGGCAUGCUGUACUCGAUCAAACACCUUCUCGUAAUUAACCAGACAUGCGUAUAAGUCGUAAUUGACGUCUCAAGAAGUUGAACUCAAUUAGUUUCAAAAAACUAAGUUUUCAAUCUAAUAGCAUAUAAAACAACACCAAAAAUGUUACUCUACAUCCUACCAGAUUGAAAACAAUGGAAACCUUCAAUGGUUACACCUCCGAGGCUUCUAAAAUUUGCAAGCCAUAACGGAUGCUGAGACUAAGGAAGAUGAGGGAAUUUUACAAUUUAUAAUUCACGUCUUUCUGCUCAGCGCGGUAAAGUUCCAACGAGAAUGGUUCCCUUCGUACUCCACUCAGAGUAAACAUGUAAAUCAAAAAUGAAUCACCAUUUUCAAUUUCUUUGCAACAUGAAACUACAACUGCAUCAUAUUCUAGUCCAAUCAGAGAGCGCUGCAAGCACCUCUACCUGUUUAGAAACUUAUUAGUCUCUCAUCAGGGGGCACAUAUGCUGCUCUCUCUGACCCAACCAGGACAAACCCCGGCGUGCAGUUACGAAUUGCAACGAA